AUGUCACCAACAUCAAAAAACAAGUUGCGUUCUUCCCGCCCCACAAAGAUACGCUCCGUAGAAAUACAAACACCUACGGUUCUGACAUAUUUGACUCCAAGAACAUGUCAACUCGUAACAAUAGAAUACUCUAUCCAUGCGUGUUCUUCUCGUUUCUUACGGGAACUCGAAGCAGUUUUUCCAAAGGUUGCAAAUUUGGACCGGUGUCUUGUCGUACCUACCUUUCAAAAGUGUGAACACGAUCUUGUGGGCAUUGGUCCUUUAGUUGAUAAGGAAAGAGACUUUAUGGAAUGGGGAACAUCGAUUUGUGAAAAAUUGCGACAGUAUGGGCAUUGGGCGGAUAUUACAGACCCAGCUUCGGGAUUUCCUGUUUUUUCUUCGCGUGGUCCAUCAAUGUAUCCGGAUGUACAGGGCGCACAACAACUCUUAAAAUAUGAUGUGCAAAACGCUGGAUGUUGUCACAUUCUACUUCACCCACAAUGGGGAAGUAAAAAUUAUCCGGGAACAUUGUUUACGACUGCUGAUGCUGACACGUUGAAAAAUGUGAUUUCUGAUUGUUUUGCAACAAGGCAGUGA